AGAGAUUGUUAAUACAUUAGUAUCGCAAUCAAAUCAACUGUCAAGAAAGCAGAAGCAAUGGCAACGACGCCAAUGGUACCGCCAAACCCGGCUUUGGCUGGAAACCCGAAUUUCGACGGGGCCGCACCACCAGCUAUGGCGGCGCCACAGCCACCGGGAACAGAUAUGACUGGCAUAUGCUUCCGGGACCAGCUGUGGCUUAACACUUACCCACUAGAUCGGAAUUUGGUGUUUGAUUACUUUGCUCUUUCUCCGUUCUACGACUACACGUGCAACAACGAGCAGCUCCGACUCCGCUCCAUCCACCCCCUCGACCACUCUCAACUCUUGAAAAUGACAGGCAUAGAGUACAUGUUGACUGAAGUGACAGAGCCUCAUCUGUUUGUGAUUCGUAAGCAAAAGAGAGAUAGUCCGGAGAAAGUGACCCCUAUGCUAACGUAUUACGUCUUGGAUGGGUCAAUUUAUCAGGCUCCUCAGCUUUGCAAUGUUUUUGCUGCACGAGUUGGACGAGCUCUAUAUCACAUAUCAAAGGCUUUUACUACAGCAGCAUCGAAGUUGGAAAAAAUUGGAUUUGUUGAUGCUGAAAACGAGAAGACAGUCCUGGAAUCAAAAGCCACCAAGGACGCCAUUGACAUAAAGGAACUUAAGCGACUGGACCAUAUUCUAGCAUCGCUUCAACGCAAGCUACCAGCUGCUCCACCACCACCUCCCUUCCCUGAAGGCUAUGCCCCUCCAACUGCAGAAGGGGAGAAAAGCUCUGAUAAUCAGCAAGCAGACACCCAGCCGCCUGUUGAUCCCAUUAUCGACCAAGGCCCAUCUAAGAGAAGGAAAUUUUGACACGGGAGUCCCUCAUUCUCACUUCAUUCUUUAUCUGUCAUUUCUUGAGAGAAUCCAGCAGAGUCCAGGGCUAGUCGAAAUGGCAUGGACUGGGUUACAAUAUAGCUCAAAUUAGCUAGUGUUACAAUUUUGUAAUAUUUCAAAAUUUGAAAGUUUGAUGGUAAUGCUUGUUUCUACGUUGUCACCGAUGUACUUUCCCAUAUUUUCAUCAGCUGAAUUAGAAAAGAUAUCGGAGAUUAUAUUGGUCUA